CUUAUAUUAUACAGGCUACAGGAUUCAAUUUAAUUGUUAAAAAAUAAGACUCUGAUAUUGAUAACAAGUCAAGGCUCACCGCUUCAAUUAUCCAACUAAACCAAUGUCAUGCAAAUAGAAAACCGAUUAUGUAAGUUAUUGGCAUACAUUGCGACCGUGCAGUUCAUGUAUCAUUAGACCAACCUUCAAAGCGCACGCAACUUAAUACUUUACGUGUUCUUAUAAGAUUAUAGACUAGUUUUCCUGAGUUUAAGUUCAGCCGUCAUAAUACUACAACGUUGAAUUAUAGUUUAAAUAAACGGCAUGGACUAAAACCAGAAAACGGAAAUUGAAUUUGUAAUAUUUUUUUAAUCUGUUUUAAUUGUUUAAAAUGUUAUUAAAAAGUGUAGUUGUAUUAUAUUAUACUGUUACAAAAAUUUUAUGCAAUCAGGACUUUGGCCCACCAGCAGGAUACUUGUCUGACUGUCCUGGAAUGAAUCGAACUACAAAAUUGUCGGAGCAAACGAAAAGCUACCUGUACGUUGUUGCGCUGAAACCCGUGAAGGGUCUUUUCUUUAAGAGUUCUGAAGCAAGAUGCAACCUCAACGAUAAGGGCGUGGCUUGCGUCACUGCACACAUUCAACUCACUAAACGGAAGACGCAGGUGGUGAUAAGUGGCUACUUAGACUCGUCCUUUUCCCCUCUGGUGCGCGCGGUCGCGGACGCGUACCUGCGGCGCGGGCGCAACGUCAUCAUUGUGGAGAUAUUCCCUCUUCUACUACGCCCUUAUCCCUUGGCUGCACGAAUUACAAGACCGUUUGGAGAAUACCUAGGAGAGUUUUUGGUAAAGCUCACACAUCACGGGCUGACCGCCAAUCGCCUGGAAAUAAUCGGAGCCAGUCUGGGAGCUCACAUAGCUUCAUACGCGUCUCUCCGUUUCGGACAAUUGACGGGGACGAAGCCUGCAAGGUUGACUGGUUUGGACCCGGCCGGGCCCUGUUUCCGCAACCUACCUUAUUCGGAGCGGCUGAAUCGUAACGCUGCGCACAAGGUGGACGUACUACACACGAACAUUGAUGGAUUCGGCAUAGCCGAUCCUCUGGGACAUGUGGACUUCUAUGCUAACGGAGGUGAAUACCAGCAGUCUAUGAAGAAAGGCUUCUUAUUGCCGUGUCUCGCUCUGUGCAGCCACGUGCGUUCAGCUUUGUACUGGAUCAACGCCCACAGCAACCCGGCCCAGUUCAUCAGUAUACGAUGCGAGUCCGUAGCGGACGCACGUCGCGGGGACUGUUACCGAAACAAAAACAUCACAACCAACCUUCUUGGACCGAAAGCAGACUUCGCGAAACCAGGCAUUUACUACUUACCUACCCACGAAAUAACCCCAUACUAUAUGGGAAUGGAUGGCCUAAAAAAACGUCCCCUAACUAUGAACACAUACCUCCUCCAAGUAGCACCAGACGAUGACAUGGUUCUUUGACAAAUAAAACGACCGAAAUCCAUACAUUUAGAGCAUUUUUAUUUUUAUAUAAACUUGUGAAUACAGUAUGCCAAACAACAACUACUUAUCAUGUUUUGUUAUGCAAUUUAUAUUGUUAAAAUUGUAUAAAAACUAUCUAGAGUACAAUACUAUUAUAUAUAUAUACAGAAUAGGAGGUUAUUAAAUCAGUCGAGAGUCUACUAGAAACAAAAAAGGUAAAUUUAAAAAAUCAAAAAACCCGACUGCUUAAUUAUACUUCAAAUAAAAACUGAAAAGAAAAAAACAAGUCCAGUAGUCUAUAAUUCUGUUAAUAAGGAACAAAGCUACUUUAACAGUCGGGACCCAUUAGAUAUUCA